CCUCCUUUUACCGUCCACAGAGCAGCAUCGUGAUGGAGAGGGUCUUGCUGGCUCUCUGGUGUCUCUCAGGGUGGUUCGUCCUCCCCUCCUGCCCUCUCCAUCAGUACUACUUUGUGAACCAACCUUUGACUUGGCAUGAAGCUCAGACCUACUGCAGAGAGAGAUUCACAGACCUGGCCACCGUACACAGCAUGACAGAAAUGAACCAGCUUAUUGACACGGUUUCCUCCACUGGUUACUUCAGUCCAUUCUGGAUUGGUGCGUUUAGUGAGAUCAACUGGAAGUGGUCAGAUGGGAGUGAGGCUGAGUACAGGCACUGGGGAAGUGGUCAGCCUAAUUCUGUCCUAAAUGACCUCUGUGUGACGGCUAGAGCAAACGGAUGGUUGGAUGUUUCCUGCCUGUUCAAGCAACCAUUUGUCUGCUACAAAGGAACAAAACUGGAUCCUGAAUUCGUUGUUGUGAAUGAAAGCAUGACUUGGUCCGAUGCUCAGAAGUACUGCAGGGAGAACUACAUAGACCUGGCCACUGUGAGGAAUGACGCAGAAAACCAAAGAUUAGGAUCUCCGUCGAAAUGGAUUGGGCUAUCUAGAGAUGCUAAUUCUCAGUGGUCUGAUGGGAGCAGCUUCAGCUUCAGCUACUGGGAUCGUGAUGGAGCAGGAUUUGGCUCCAGGACAGUCCUCUGUGGUGCUGCAGGUCUUUACAGUUCAGGAAAAUGGAGCUUUUGGUACUGUGAAAAAAAAUUCCCAUUCAUCUGCCACAACCCAUUUGGUGAGUGCUUUGCUGCUUCUCAGUGCUCAUUUCUUUACAUUCAUGUGUUUGAUGUCACAGAAGCCAUUCCAAGCAUGUUUCAUUUAUCCUCUUCUUUUUGUCUGUGUGUGUUUUUCUAAUAAAAGUGAAGCGGGUGGUGAAGCUGAGGAUCAAACUGGACGACUCCUCUGUGGAUCUGAACGACCCUGCUGUGAAAGCGGCGCUCCUGA